UAUAACCGAUUUGGUUAACCAAAAAAGGUGCCGGAUUAUUAUUGAUUCGUAACGUUACACGCUGGUUGAUUCAUACAGGGGUAUUUUUGAGCUUACCUGUGACAAAUUUCCUCUUCAAAAAGACUUGUAUUUGUGAAAGCGUAUAAAUAGUCCUGAAAUACAUCGUUAAUAGUUAAAUUGGACCGAAAAGACGAUAGAGUGAGGGAAAACGUUCAGUCAAUUAAACUACGCCUGCAAGUUUAUAGCAAUAAUCAAAAUGUCUUCUGGAGUUCAAGUACUAGAGGAAUGCCUGACAGCUAUAAUGACAUCAAAAUGAAUAAGAAAUAUGCCUAUGUCAUCUUUAAAAUCGUAGACCAUAAUGGCAAGGCCCUCUCCGCGAUUGGUGUAGAUCGUACUAGCUGCAGUUCUGGCCAACAAGAUCAGGAAGAACAAGAUAAGGCCUAUCAAGAAUUCCUUGAUUACUUAAGAGAUACAGAAGAAAAAAGAGAGUGCUGUUACGCUCUCUUUGACUAUGGGUACACACAGGAAAAUUCAACGUGGAAGAGCUCUAUUAUUUUUUUCAGCUGGAGUCCUGAGAAUGCUAUAAUUAAACAGAAGAUGUUGUAUGCAGCCAGCGUCAAAGAUUUCCUUGCAAAGUUGCAAGGGAUUGACAAGAGCAUUCAAGCCAACUCAUUGGAUGAUGUGGCCGAAUCUACAGUAAAAGCCAAGUGUUUGAAGACAUCACGUGCUAC